AGCUGCCGGACUGUUCCAAUCCCCGCAGGAGUGGAAACACGGGGGGAGGCGCACACUCCUCUCUUUUCUCCUUUUCCCGUUUUCUUUUUAACCUCGUUGCGCUUUGCCUUUUUUUUAUUUCACCUUUGCUUGUGUCUUUCUCGCUCGCGUUCUAUUCUUUCCUCCUUUCAGUGCGCAACUUUUCCUCCUUUUCUUUUCCUCUCCACCCUCCUUUCCGCUCCGUUUAAAGGUUCUUAUUAAACCCGGUCCAUUUGGCUUGCAGCUCUAGUUCAUUUAUUUAUUUAUUUAUUUGUUUGUUUUCUUCUCCUUUUUUUUCUUCAAUAUACCUCGCUAUAUAAAUCUAUAUUUACAUGUCGAGACAGACUCAGGCAGGGGAAUAGACUGGUCGUGUAGCUCCAAAUGAGAAGACGCAAAAGAUGGAGCUGCACAUUUUAGAGCACAGCCUGAAAGUAGCCAGUAUAGCAAAAGAAGGCAUCCAGAUUUGCACUCACGGAUUAAUUAAGCUCGCUUUCCUGCCGUCGAAAACAAGAUGCAAGUUCUUCAGUUUGACCGAAACCCCAGAGGACUACACCAUCAUAGUCGACGAAGACGGCUUUAAAGAACUGCCCGAGUCGGAGUAUCUCAGCGUAGCAGAUGCAACAUGGUUAGCUCUCAACGUAGUGUCAGGUGGUGGCAGCGCAACCAGCUCUCAGCCAAUCGGCGUGACCAAAAUCGCCAAGUCCGUCAUUGCCCCCUUAGCCGAUCACAACAUCUCCGUCUUCAUGCUGUCAACCUACCAAACAGACUUCAUUCUGGUCCGAGAGAGGGAUCUCCCUAUGGUCAUGCACACGCUGUCUUCCGAGUUCACCCUCCUCAGGGUGGUCAAUGGAGAGACGGUAGCCGCCAACUGCUCCGGGGUCACCAACGGUUUCGUCAAGCCCAAACUCGUUCCUCGACCCAUCAUCCACCCUCUCUCCAGUCCCAGUAAUAUGUUCUGCGUGACAAGUCUGGACCCAGACACGCUGCCCUCUGUGGCCACCCUGCUCAUGGAUGUCAUGUUCUACUCAGGAGGAGGGAAGGAGGCAGGAGCACAGAAUGAGGAUUCAGGACACAUCCGCUUCUUCUCCUUCUCCCUGAUUGAGGGCUACAUCUCCCUGGUUAUGGACGAGCAGACUACUCGAAGGUUCCCCAACAACGUCCUAUUUACCAGCGCUUCAGGAGAGCUUUGGAAAAUGGUUCGCAUUGGCGGACAGCCUUUAGGAUUCGACGAAUGUGGGAUUGUGGCCCAAAUAUCUGAACCCUUGGCAACAGCUGACAUUCCAGCCUACUACAUCAGCACCUUCAAGUUUGACCAUGCUCUGGUUCCAGAAGAGAACAUUCAGAGUGUGAUCGGAGCCUUGAGGACCAACGAGAGCACAGGACAGUGAGAUCGGACACGAGCCUCUCCGAGUCCCUGAUAGAUUAUCAUUUUCAAAAGUGCCAAGAGCUUUUUGAGGACUGCUGUCGGGAAGGGAGGGGAUGGGAAGGGGAGGGGGGUGUCGGGGUGGUAACGGGAGCCGGGGUGAGAAUGAAAGGUGUGUGUGUGUAAGAGAGAAUGUUUUUGAGAAUGUGAGAGAGAAAGAGACAGACAGCUGGGUUGCUUUAGUUGCACUCUCCCACUUUGAUUAGACUGAUCGUGCCAAUACCUGUCCACCAGCCUCCUGCCCCUGCCCCAGAGCGCAUCCUUUUCUACAGGGACCCUUUAGCUAGUUUGACUGCAGUGUUCGAUUUUUCUCCUUCUCCCCCCCCUGCCUUAUCUCCCCCUUCAGACCUAUUUCACGAUGAUAAGGCUUAACUGAGACACGGGGUGGGUCCCCCCCCCAUAUAUACACUCCCCCACACCACGACAAUUCUUUAUUCAUCGCAAAUAACCAUAAUGUAUUAGUAAUCAGUCUUCUUUAAUAGAAGGCCAAGAAUGUACUUCGCCAAUGUUUUGGUGUAAACGUCUGUUUCAUUGCUCCUCCCUGAUCUCGUACUGUGCCAAGUCACUUUAGGCCUCUAGUGUGUUUUCCUUGUUGUUUUUGAGUGCAAUUCAAAAGCCGAUUGUUUUAAAUAGUGAUAUAAAUCGAUUGUGUUCAAUUUAUGGAAAAACACAUUUCUCCCCAUUUGUUUAUGAAACCAUUUUUUGUUUUUCAUUUGCCCCUAUUUCACCUGAAGUUUAUAUUCUAAUUUUCAAUGCCAAGUCACCGGGUUAUGAAUACGUUGUUGUUGUUCUUGAAUCCAAACUACAAUCAAUGGGUUUCUGUGCUCCAGCUCUGAGUUGCGGCAGAGAUUUAUCAGAUUGGAAUCAAAGGCAUCACGGCUGACAUAGCUCUUGUACUUUUUCCAAAACAGAGGUGGGGUUUAAGUCGCUAUCUCACUAUAUUAGUCACUAUCACACUUCUUCAUUCUCAAUUUCAACUGAAAAACUAGAGCAAUGGAUUGUGCAAUUUACUGUACACUAUUUCGUUUUGGACAUUUUCUUCCCCCUUUUAACGUGUGAAGCCAUCUUGUGUUUUAUAACUAUGACAAAAGAAAUGGCACGCAAUACUCUAGCUUCUUUACCAAGUUUUUACCGUUCAGCAUUUUUUCGAACGACAAGCCGUAAGGAAUUACAGUCCUUUAUUGAAUGUUAGUUGGGGUCUAAGUGUUAAAGGACACUGGCGUUAGUUUAGGCCUUCAACUCUCUCACCCCAGUCUGCACUUUAUUUAAGGUCUUUCCCUAAAGAUCUUAUUAUUCUUACUGAUGUGAAUAAUAAUAAUAAAAAAAGCGGGGAAGAAUAAUUGCUCCUUGGAAGGAAUCUCUUUUUAAAAGGGUUACAUUUGUUGGUCUUAAUGCACGAAUGGACCUUUUUGUCCCCCCCCCUCCCCCACAGGCUUUUUCUUUUUUUUCCUGUAAGAUCUGAUUAGCAGAAACCAUGUAUUUAUCAGUGUUAAAAAUUAAAGGGUGACCUAUUUCUUCUCUGACCAUUAAAGAAAUGAAAACAGUA